AUGCCCAAAGAUAGAAGAUCUUCGUCUAAUAAGUGCAGGGCAUCUCCCUAUUCCUGUUACGACCAGAAUGAUGAUAGAAAGGAACCCAAAUCUCCCUCCCUACAAGUUGGAUAUGAAAGUGAAUUUGAAGAAGCUAGAUGCCCUAUUUGUAUGGAACACCCACACAAUGCUGUGCUUCUACUUUGUUCUUCACUUGAAAAAGGAUGUCGCCCAUACAUGUGUGACACGAAUCCCCGCCACUCAAAUUGUCUUGACCAGUUUCACAUGUCAAAUAUGAAUAAGGUGAGGGAACGAACUAAGCUUGCUUGCCCUUUAUGUAGGGGUGAAAUCAACGGGUGGGCUGUGGUUGACCCUGCUCGCCAAUUCAUGGACUCGAAAGCAAGAAAUUGCUCACUUGCUACCUGUGAUUUUGUUGGUAAUUAUACUCAAUUAGAAGAACAUGCCAGCCGUGUACACCCAUGUCUUAGGCCAACAGAUGUGGACCCUGAGCGUGAACUUGAGUGGAGACAUUUGGAAGAAGAUAUGGGGGAACAAGGCAUGCUCAAUAUGCAGUUUGAGUAUGAUGAAGAUGAUGACGAUGAUGGUGACUAUGUUUUAUCAGAAUCUGAGCUGGCUUCCGACAAUCUGUUGGAUGAUUCUGAUAGCAUGUUUGACUUUUCAUCUGCAGAUGAAUAA